AUGAAGUUCAGGAAAAUAAUAGUGAUUGCGCAAGUUGCGUUUAGUUUGGAUUACGGCUUUACUCCUCAUAGAGAUUGUACGGUUUUAUUAGUUUGUCUGGACUCCCUAACAGGCGCUUUUUCUCUUGAGGUCUACGCACAGGGCAAAAUAAUUCCCGAGAACCUCCUAGCCUACAUUGCGUUUUGUGUUGUCACGGCGUUGGAGUACCUGCGAAAGGAUCUCGUGACAAUGCAUCGCGAUGUCAAGCCCUCAAACAUCCUCAUCGAUCGCGCCGGGCACGUGAAGGUUCGUUGGCACUCCUUCAAUCCCAUUAUUUUUAAUCACCUUGGCAGGACAACGAGAUCCGCUCUCUUUGGUCCUCAAAUCAUUGUUUAUCAAAUUCUUCCCGCCGCGAAGGUUUGUGACUACGGUGUUUCGGGCGAGUUGAAGAACUCUAUGGCCCAGAGCAACACGGGUACCUGUCGCUACAUGGCGCCCGAGCGCAUCGAUCCCAGUCGCAGUGCCGGUGGUGGUUUCCGCAUUCAAGCGGACGUCUGGAGUCUGGGACUCACGCUUCUGGAACUGGCCACUGGCAAACAUCCCUACGAAAGCUUCGUCAAUCAGUUUGAGCUUCUCAAACACGUAAGUCAUCAACGUGCCCUUCUGUGA